GUGCUGAGGUGGAGCUUACCUUGGUGGCUGGUGGGGAGGAUGCCUUCUUAGUGGUGUUGGGGAGGGCCUUGAGGCCAUCUUCAAGGACAUUUGAGGCCAUAGGUCUGACCUCUCUAGCCCCAGGGGAAGACAACUUUCUGCCAGCAGGCCUUGAUCUAGGUGCCAAGUCCCUUGCAGUGCCCCCUUCUCCUUCUUCUCUAUCAUGGCACCUCAGCCCAGUGUCACUGUGUCCCUUUAACCCCUGUAACUGGUAUAGUGCUGCCAACCUCCCAGUGGCAUGGCUGUCAGGGUCCCCAAUCCUACUCCCUCUGCUGACCCUCCCCCAUUGCUGCCACCUCUGGGGUUGCCAUCCUCCCUUCCUUGAGGGUUGACUCUCAAUAGAUGGUAUUUGUGUUUCCUCUGCCCACUCCACCAGGAGCUGCUGUGCUCCCUCCGCUGCUCAAUAUUGUCAGGGGACAAGAUGGGCCCUGUCCGCUGGGUGGUGCUGUGCUGGGGAUCAGCCACUAUUAAGGGAGGACUAGCUGUGCCAGAGGGCCAUGGGGACAUUGACAGAGGCCAUCUGGAUGAGAAGCAGGGGUCCCUGGGCUUCUUUGAGUCUGUGGACUCUUGACUGCUGUCAUGCUGUGGGAUGGGACUCAGUGUUGUGUUUUUUCAUUGCAGUGUAGACAGAGUGGACAGAAAUAGUUGUGCUCAGGCGCAAGGUAUUGGGUACAAAGGCUGGAGUCUCCCUCCCCAAAUCAUGCCACAGAAGGGCUGGUCUCAUAUAUAUAUAUAUAUAUAGCCACAGAGUGAACCAAAACACUGAGUACAAGAGUUUUUAUCAAAAUAUAAGAUUAUCCAUCAAGUUGGACAUUUUCUGGAUAAACAAUUUUCCUAGACCCCAUGAUCAUCACUUAAUAUUCAUUCCAAAACAUAUAAUGCUAAUCUCCUGUCACAGCUAAAAUGCAAUCUAUGGACAUGCUGGUAUGAAAAGUACAUUCCUUUCUAGAGAGGAGAAUACUAGUAGGUGUGGUAUAAGUCAUUUUGCUUGCUUUUAUCCAAGGACCCAGUCCACAGUGUGGUAUAAAUUAUUAUUUUACUUGAUUUUAUCCAAGGACACAAUGAAUUAGUUAAUCAUUCCUAUUGUAAAGGGGAAGAGCAAAAAAGUGUGUGUGUGGUGUUUUGUUUUUUUUUUAAAUGGAUCAGCCAGCUUAAUUUGGAGCCAGUGUUUUCUGGGUCACGUGUCUAAAUUCAGUAACAAACCCAUCUGUGCCUCCAGAUAAUAAAACUUUGCCAUUGGAUACAGUUAGAAAUGUGAAAGCUCUACUGAAUUUUAGUGGGCUCUUUCUACAUAAUUUUCCAACCUUGAAUCUAUUGCAUUUGGGGAGGGGCUCUGUACAUCCUUUUGUAACAGCAGACUGUGUUUCUGUUUCUUAAUCAGUUCCACAAAGAGAAACUAAGUCUAAAAUAUUACAGAACCAAAGAAAAACAUGUUCAUUUACAAGCCGUUAAAAAAAUUAACACUCCUACCACACAUUUGAUUAUCUGGGUGUAGAGUUACUUAAAGUGGACAGUCAAAGUAUUUCUGGCUUGCUUUAUGCUGCAUUGCAGGAAUUAUUUUGAUCUUUGCAUUUCACUUCUUGCAUGUUGUACACACAUGUUUUUACAAUUAACUAACCCCAGUAAAAUAUAUUUGGAUUAAGAAAUAUUUUCUCUUCAUUGGAUUUGGGACAAGAGGUGGCACCUGAAAAGCCAGAAAAGGCAAGCCUUGCCUUAUACAGAGAGAUCUGUGCAGUGACACAAUGGCUAAUAUAAAGUGUCAGUUGAGCUCAGCUGAAGGCAAAGGAACAAAGAAAGAUCCAGAUUCAGUGGCUGUUUUAGACAAAAGGAAAGUGAGAAGUGUCAAAGUCCCUUGUAAUGGAGAAAUUUAAAGCUGCUGUCUUGCUGGCAGGGGUAGGCGAUGCUCUUGGUUAUCGAAAUUUCACCCGAGAAAACAAUGCUUUAGGUGCAAAGAUCCAAGAGGAACUAAAGGAAAUUGGAGGACUUGAGAACCUGGUGCUGUCUGGAGACAAAUGGCCAGUGAGUGACAAUACUCUCAUGCACAUGGCUACAGCGGAGGCUGUCAUCACAGAUUACUGGUGUUUAGAAGAUCUGUAUCGUGAUUUGGUAAAACGUUAUGUUGAGAUUAUUGACAAACUUCCAGGGAAAUGGUCAGACCCCGCUACCAUUGAAGGUUGCUCACAGUUAAAACCAGAUAACUAUCUCCUAGCUUGGCACACACCAUUUAAUGAAAAGGGUUCUGGAUUUGGAGCUGCUACAAAAGCCAUGUGUUUAGGGAUGAAAUACUGGAAGCCUGAGAGGCUAGAAACUCUUAUUGAAGUGAGCAUCGAAUGUGGACGAAUGACUCAUAAUCACCCUACAGGCUUUUUAGGGUCCUUUUGUACAGCUCUAUUUGUAUCAUAUGCAAUACAAGGAAAACCACUUGUGCAGUGGGGAAGGGAAAUGAUGAAGGUGGUCCCAAUGGCUGAAGAAUAUUGCAAAAAGACCAUUCGACACAUGGCAGAAUAUCAGGAGCACUGGUUUUACUUUGAAGCCAAAUGGCAGUUUUAUUUGGAGGAGAGAGAAAUCACUGAAGAUAAUCAGAAUAAACCUGUCUUUCCUGAUAAUUAUGAUGCUGAGGAGAGAGAAAAGACUUACAGGAGGUGGAGUUCUGAAGGCCGGGGUGGAAGAAGAGGCCAUGAUGCUCCCAUGAUUGCAUAUGAUGCUCUUUUAGGAUGUGGUGGUGACUGGACAGAACUUUGCAACCGAGCAAUGUUCCACGGGGGUGAGAGCGCAGCUACUGGAUCUAUUGCAGGCUGCUUGUAUGGAUUGCUUUACGGCCUGAACAAGGUUCCCAAAGGCUUGUACCAGGAUCUUGAACAGAGGGAGAGGUUAGAAUACUUGGGCGAGUCUCUUUACCGACGAUCCACAGAGGAAAACACUAAAUGUACAAAGUUUUGUGAUGAUAAGCUGCUGAUAGAGCCGAUGGUGCUGAAGAAGAAGCUAAAUAGGAUGGCAACAGAACCAGGGGCUUUUGCUGUCCUCAGCAGCCUGCUGCUUUACAUCACAGACCUCGCGGCCUGUGAUCCACAGAUGCCGAGGAAGAAGGCAAAAUGGGCAGAAGGCAAAGGAAAUAAGGUGAUUUGUAAUCCUGACUGCCAAAGUACAAACAACAGCAAGCGCCCCACAAGAUUCCAGCUUUUGCAGUCCAAGUUCAUGAACAACAAUCGUGAACCUUACAUAAAGAAGACUAGAGAAGUUGGCAAACUAAUCAUUAAAGAAAAGCAGUGGGCAAACAGGGGCUGUCUAAAUGCCACUGUUAACAAAUUAGACAAAAAUAAGGAGAAAAAAGGAAGUGGUCAAGCACCAGAAGAGAACAAAAAGAUAAUGCCCAAUGAGCGGGUCAAGUGGAAUGGCCUAAGUGGGAAAAAUACAGUGAAAAACAUUCUGAAGAAAUUUUUAGCUGCAGAGGAAAAAGAAACUAAGGAGAAAGCUUCUGUCUGGAAAAAGAAAGAGCCAAGCAGCAAUUUGCCAAAAAUAAUCAGCAAGAAUUCUGUUCUCUCCAAACUGAAGGAAAAGUUUGAACAAGCUAGUUCUGUUUGUUCAGCCACAGAGAUGAAAACAUUGCUGUUGCACAAAGGUGAGAAAAAUAAUACAAAGGUCCCAAAUAGAAUAGCUAUUCACAAACCAAAGGUCACAGUGCUACACACUGUGACAGCCACAGUUCUAAAUAGCCCUCAGUCCCAUUGUUUAGUGUGUAUGUCUGCUCCAAUGCCUAGAUUCAGUGUUGUGACUGAAAUUAGCCAGCCUUGGAGUUUGUUGACCAACAACACUGAUAGUAAUCAGCCUUUUGAUCAUGGCACUCAAAUGAGAGAGAUGAGUGACUCUGACAGCAAACAUGAUAUUAAGCCUGGUAAGAAUGAAAUGCCAAAAAAUAGGGCACAAGACAGAGAGUACAAAGGACAAAUGCAAACUGUACAAUGUGUCAGGCCCAAGGUCAUGACUGACGACAAGGAUAGUGCUGAGACUAAAAUAGAUUCCACAAACCAAGGACCUGAUUUUCUUCCUAAUCAAGACAGCUCUUCUACUUUCUGUAAAAAUAAAGCCCUCGCAGACUGCAUUCCUACCUUAUCUAAACCCAGCCUAUCUCACAUGGAGAAUAGCACAUUAGGAAAUAAUAAAGCUGCUCAAAAUGUUAGUGAAGACAAUCCAUCUACUGACUCGCCUUAUUCGGGUGUAGCUGAAGGAUCCAGUGCACAUAGUCCCCAGGAUAUUAAAGAGGUUGAGACUCCUAAAAUAACAGUGAAUGCAUGCAGUUCAAAGGAGACAGAAAUAGAGUUCUCAGAGUCAGAAAAGGAUCCUCUCUUUGCAAGCCAAAAAUGUUUCCCGGAGGAGAAACUAUUGAAAAAUAUUCCAUCAUUUUGCUCCCCAGUAGCUCAGGCGUCGCAGAAUGUAGUGCCUCCAAAUGAUGACAUGCAGUUAACUGUCAAAAUACCAGUUACUGACAAAAUGCCACCGCUCGUGCCAAGGCAAGAAAAUGCAUCAGAUUUUAAAGGAAAACAUUCAAAAGCAGCUGUAAAAAGAGAGAAAUUUCACUAUAAACAGGAAAUAUUUCCUAGUUCUAGAAAAAAUGAUUGCAAAGUCACAGCUAAGCAAGAAGAGGAGCUAGUGAUAAACCCAAACAAGGUGUCUGAUUGUCAAAUGCAAACUGAACAAAUAACCCAGGAAUCACAAUCACAUCAAAUGCUCAGCCCACAAAAUAACAUUGAUAAUUUCAGCACUAAUGUAUCAAAUCUGACUAUGAAUCAGACAUACCAAGUACACUCAUUAAAUGAUUCAAAGAAGGAAAAAAGUGGUAUUGUAGAAGAAAAGCAUAUCUGCUCAGAUAUUGAAAAGGACCAAAGUUCAUUGUCAAGUUAUUUAGUGAAGCACAGGUGUUAUAUUCCAGAAGAGAAUUUUGGAAAGGACCAAUUAUCCUCAUCAAAUGAAAUGGCAAGUCAGGAAAACAAUACUGCCAGGGAAAGGAGUACUUUGUGUCAUCUGAAGACUUAUCAAAUGCCAUCAAAGUAUUUCAUGAAGCAUGAAAGUGACAUUGCAGAAGAGAAUCCCUGGCCUAAUUCUGAGACACGUCGAUCAUCAAAUUAUUUAACAAAGCACAAAAACAAUGCUACAGAACAAAGACUCUGGCAUGCUAUUGAAAAGCCCCAGAUCACAUCAUCAAAACAUUUGGUGAAAGAUGAAACCGAUAGUGUAGAAGAUAAGAAGGCUUGUCAUAAUUCUGAUAAGUAUCAAAUACCUUCUUCAAAUGAGUCAGCAAAGCAUAAAGAUGAUAUUAUAGCAAAGAAUGCUCUGUAUAACAGUGAGAAUUAUCAGACACUACCAUCAUCAAGUGAUGUCAUAAACCAUGAAAAUAAUUCAGCCAAAGAGAAGAAUAUCCUUCAUGUUUUUGAGAAGAAUCAGUUACUCUCACCCAAUGAACUGGGGAAGUGUGAAAAUAAUACUGCAGAAGGGAUAAGUCCCUUGAUUAACUGGAAAAAGUACCGACUACCCUUGCCAAAUGAAUCAGAGAAGCAUGAAAAUAAUACUGUGGUAAAAACAAGACCCUGGUGUAAUCUGGAGCAGAACCAACUGCCAACUUCAAAUGAUACUCUGAAUUAUGAAAAUGAGAUGAGAGAUGAGAACUUUGAGAAAAACCAGUUUCUUUCCUUAAAUGAAAUGGUGACACGUGAAAAUAAUAGUGCAAGUGAGAGAAAUAACUUACAUAAAUAUGAAGAGUACCAAAUGCUGUCAUCACAUGAUGGCUUGAAGCACGAAAAUGAUACUAUGGUAGAGAAGAAAGCUAUUGCAGCAGAGAGAAAUACCUUGUGUAACUCUGAGAUGUGCCAAAUACCAACAUCGGGUGAUUUUAUGAAGCAUGAGGAUAAUAAUUCAAAAGAGAAGACUUCUUCUAGCUUUGAGACAUGUCAAUUACCCUCAUCAAAGAAUAAAAUUAACAUUCCAGGACUGAGAAAUACCUUGUGUAACAUCAAAUACCAAAUGCCAUCAAGAGAUUUAGUGGAAAAUGAAUAUAAUACGACAGAAGAUGAAAACACCUGUUGUAAUACUGAGAAAUACCAACUGUUCUCAUCCCAUGAAUCAAUGAAACAUGAAAAUAAUGCUGCAGAGGCAAGAAAUAUCCAGAGUAACUUUAAGAAUUACCAAAAGCCAUCAUCAAGAAGUACAGGGAAGCAUGAAAACAAAACUGUCCAAGAGAAGAGUACCCCUCAUAAUUUUGAAGAGUACCAGUUACUCUCAAGAAAUGCACUACAGAAGCAUGGAAAGAAAGCUGCAGUAGAGAGAGAUACCUUGUGUAACCCUAAGAAGAAUAAAAAAACAUCAUCAAGUUCAUUGGUGAAGCAUGACAAUAAUGUUACGGUAGAGAAGCAACAACAAACACCAUUGUCAGAUGAUUUUGUGACACAGGAAACUGAAACUGUGGAAGAGAAGAAUAAACAUCAUAGUUCUGAGAAGUACCAGUUAACCUCAUCAAAUAAAUUGGUCAAGCAUGGAAAAAAUACCACAGUAGAGAAGAAGCAACAAAUACCAAAAUCAAAUGAUUUUAGAAAGCAUGAAACUAACACUGUGGAAGAGAAGAAUAAACAUCAUAGCUCUGAGAAGUACCAAUUAGCCGCAUCAAAUAAAUUGGUGACGCAUGGAAAAAAUACUGCAGUAGAGAAGAAGCAACAAACACUAAUAUCAAAUGAUUUUAGGAAGCAUGAAAUUAGUACUACAGAAAAGAAAAAUCCACAUCGCAAAGCUGAGAAAUACCAGUUACCCUCCUCAAGUAAACUGGAGAAGCAUGAAACUAAUCGUUCAGGAAAGAAAAAUAGUUUGUGUGACUUUGAGAAAUAUCAAGCUUCAUUGCCAAGUGAUCUCAUGACGCAUCAAAGUGAUUCAACAUUAGAGGAGAAUACUUGGCAUAACAUUGAUAACUACCAAAAAUUAUCCCCAUCAAAUGAUGUAUCCAAACAUGAUAAAAAUACUGUAGAAAAGAGGAAAACCCAGCUUGGCUUUGAGAAGUACCGUAAACUAUCAUCAAAUGAUUUAGCAAGGGAUGAAAAUGUUGCUGCUGAAGGAAAGGCCAGGAGGCCAGGGUCUGAUCAACCAAAUGACAGAGAAGCAGAACUCCAGGACUGCACUAGAACAGCAGCACAAGCAAAAUACAUAGCAGAAAGUUACAGUGAAGGACCCCUAAAUUCAUCUUUUAAACCAAUGAUAGUUAGAGUAAGUGAUACAUUUAAGCAUCACACCUGAAAUAUCUCUACAGGUAAACUAAUGGCCUCAAUUAUUUGUAUAAUCAGAUCUUUCUUUUUUCCUUUAAUGUUCAAGACACUUGAAUUAAAUUAUCACUUUGUAAUUGCAUGGAUAGUGAUGGGUAUUUGUUAGGGUGGGAUUCUUUUCCCUUUCUUAAACACUGGCCUGAAGAUCACUGCAAAUAUAUCAUCAGAUUAACCAUCAAUUUAUUAUGAGAGGGGCAGAGAGAUCAUCAAAAAUGUAAUCCUGCGCCAAUCUCUCCUUGAUAAAUGCUCGAUUUUGUUUGUACCUAGGGUAUUUUGAGGACGAACAUUCCUUUGUAUUUACUCAUUCUAAUAAAACGCUGUUACUACUCCCUCUAGGUAUGGCUUUAGACAAUGUCAGACUUCAUUAGGUCAAAAAUGACCUCUUAAGUUCUAGCUUUAAAGCUGUAAACGCAAAGGCUGAUCCUUUGCUAACAUGAAUAAUGUUUCAGGGGUAAUGUGCGGAAAGGUAGAUGCUCCCUUUAUCUGCAGGAAAGUCCUGAAAGGACAAUAUAUUAAAUAAUUUACUAUUGGGCACUUAUGUUCUGUCGUGUAAAUGUUGGGAAAAUAUUGAUUGAACCUUCUGUCAAGAUAUUUACACUUUUGGGUGUGUACAGUAUUGAUGUAUGUUUGUAGAGAGAGGUUAUUUCCUCAUGCAUGUCACUCUAUAGCUACUCCUGUGUUCACAAAGGGCUAUAAUGCAGCAACUACAAGUACUCACAAAGGGCCCAGUCCUGUAAGGUGCUGAGCAGGUCAAUGAAAACAGGGUGCUGAGAAUGCUGCAGGAGGAAUUCAUCAGGACUGGGGUUAAAUUGCCUUUGUGGCAUAGCAGGGGCACACAGACCCAAGGCAGGCAUUGCCACGGAUAUUAAAGUUACUCAUUGGAAAGUCUUAUCUUGCUCGUGCUUUCCUGUCAAGUAUAGCAAGUGUUUACUGUAGUACGAUAUGAAACUUGAUAAUAAUGAGCAGCCAAUGUCAUUGAAACGUGCCAGUGGAAUGUGAUGUUCAGAGUGGACAAUAAUAGCAACUUCUGCGUAAAAUUUGUGUGUCCCAGGCUUUGCUUUGGUAGACAGGAUCGGUUUGUUAUGUUUGCUUCUUUCUGCCCAGCUGCUGAACAGAAUGUAACUGCAAAAUGGAAUCUUGCUGUUAAUGCCACAUAACACCCUGUGGUAGGUAGGCAGAUAUUAAUAUAAUAAAGUCAACUCUCACAUGUGCCAGCAUAUCUGCCUUGUUUUCAUAAGCUGGGCAGUACCGUGAAGAGAAGCCUUUUCUAAUUAAAAAAGACCUUUCUUUAAAGGGCACUUCCUAAGGGCUUUGAUUCAUUAAAUGUUAUCCACAGCCAUCUGCACACAGAUCCUGGCUCUUUGACAGCCAAGGUCAGCCUGCCUGAAAAGCCAAAUAAAACCUCAAUCUUUUAAGUGGCAGUAAGCUUCUGAAAGUUGCAGAGCUAAUUUAGAAGGGGUGGAGUUUAUGCAAAUAAGCUCUUCUUUACCCACAGUCCACUGCACCACGUUCCUUUGGAUAUGUUGGAGACUAUCAGCAGCUAUGCAGUAUGUUUUAGAGGUCUGACUGUUGCUUGUUUCCCAGAUUGGCAGAAUGCUCCUCUAUGACUCCAGCCAAGAGAAUGAUGACAUGGGCACACUGGCAGCAUGCUAAAUUCAAAUCCCUUUGAUGACAGUGUAAAGAGCACAGAUAGACGACAGCUGGGCUGGGCAGGCCGGGGACACUGCUUUGAGAGGUGACAUGGAUCACAGUGUUCCCUGAUAGCUAAAGAAGGUGAUUAUUUUAAAAUUUUUCCUUGAAGACAUAGCAUUAGCCUUCCUGGCAGCAAGAAGCUCAUGGAAUGAAAUCUUCCCCUCCUCAUUCCCACCCCCCCC